UGGACGCGAAGAAACGAAGCUUCCAAUCUUGCUAACAAAUAAUACCAAUUGUCUCCUCUGCCUAAUCCUAUAGUAAUGAACUUAUACUUGUGAGUUAUGACCAAACCAACUCAUUCUUCCCUUUCUCUCACCCUGUCUCUCUCACACCCACUAGCUAGCCUCGUUUGUUGUCUCAAAUUCCAUCCCUUUUAAAGUACACUUUUUUUUCUUUGGAGAGUGAAAAUAGCAAACAUGACCAUGAAAGGUGGUGUCAUGCUGGUGAGGAAGGCAGAGAUAGACACAAGGGCGCCUUUCCGGUCCGUCAAAGAAGCUGUCUCAUUAUUCGGGGAGAAAGUUCUAGCUGGAGAGGUCUAUGCAAGUGCAAACAAGCGCAAACAGCUACAGAAGGGAACAAAUGAAAAUGGGCUAGAGUCUUCAAAAAUUGAAAACGUUGCAAUUGAGCUAGAGGAGACCCGAGAAAAUUUGCAGAGGGCUAAGGAAGAAAGCAUGUUAAUGGCGCAUUGUGUGUCUUCUCUGCAGGAAGAGCUAGAACGCACAAAGCAAGAGCUCGAAGAAAUGAAGCAAAAGGAAACAGAGAAACAACAACACCCUUUGGAACCAGAAAUUAAUGAAGAUCUCAAGUUUGUUGAGAACUUUGAAAUAAAAAAUUCCAGGUUCGAUGAAGAAAACAUGGAGUUCCAGAAGAAAAGGUACGUGACAUUCGCGAAUCCACCAUCUGUGUCUCAUGUGAUGCUGCCACCACAAGGGGUUGAAAAGCUGGAAAGGCACCCUUCACUUAGGAAGAAGAAGAAGAAGUCAUUGAUUCCACUGAUUGGAGGUAUUUUUUCAAGGAAAAAGCGUACUAGCAGCCAAGAAGUUCCAUGAGCCUAUUUGAUUGUGUGCUUUGGGCAUAUAAAUAUGUUAAUUACCAGAAUAAUUUCCUACUUUGUUUUGUUUACAGGUUUGCUUUUUCUUUUUCUACAAAUUGAGUUUCAUGUCCUCUGUAUCAGACCAUGGCAAAUAGUCCAUACAUUUUAUGUGAACUGAGAUGUGACUAGCAGACAAGCGGAGUAUGGAAGCCUAUUGAGUUUGUGUAAUGUAAUAAAGCACCAUAGUUACAAUUUCAAUCUUUUUGUAUACACACUUAAUAAUCGCAAAUAAUCAAUUCCAUUUCAAGAUUUAGAUCAAAA